AUGUCACAACAACAACAAUUUAUGCGUCAAUAUCAUCAGCAAGAGCAUCAGCAGAUGCUGCAUCAACAGCAGCAUCAAAAUCAACAACAACAACAACAACAAUAUCAAUCACCAUCACAACUACAACAACAUCAACAACAAAACCAAAAGAAAUCUAUUGACUUAAAGAUGUUAGCCAGUUGUACACUGGAGAAUGAUCAGUUGAAGAGACUCUCAAAGGAUGACUUACGACAGAUUGACUCCUCUUUGCUCGAUAGAGAGAUCAGAACUACUCUAUUCCCUUUGUUCCAUGCCGUUCUUAAGAAUCCGCCAGAAACAUUGACUUCACAAUGGCCUCACUCUGUCGAAGGUCUGGCAGACCUCAAGCAACAAGGCAAUGCCAAGGGAUUUCUCUAUCUCUUUGAUCGCUCGGCAAAGGACUACUAUGCUAAUGAUGGAAUACGGUGGGCCAAGACAAAGACCAAUGUAAGGAUGAUCAUUUUCAACGAGGAUCAGCAAGUCUACAAGCUCAAGACCCACAAGAAGGAUGUAGGAGCUCAUGUUAUGCGUCGACAGACAUUCGGUGGUGUCUGUGACAAUGGAAUCUUUUGGAAGAAGUUUGAGUACAAGCUCAUCAAACGUGAAUACCUACUCAAAUUGGAAGAUGACGGUUCGCCCGAGUGCGCUGAAGACAACGAUAAAUCAAAGUACAGCGAACGACUAUGUGUUCAAGACUUUCCAAUACUGGUACACUACCUCACACGACCGGCGGCCGAGUCUGUAACUAUAGAGGACUCUGAUGAUCAACCAGUUAUAUCUUCAACAUCAAAACGAACCUCUCUGUCAUCUCAAAACAACAACAACCACAACAACAACAACAACAACAACAAUAACAACAUCAUUUUUGGCAACAACAACAGCAACAAUAUCAGUAGUAAUGAGACAAAGAAGAGGGAGUCACCUUUUAAUCUAUCAUCAAUAUCAUCAUCAACGAUACUCAACCUAUUCAAGAAGAAAAAGAUCGAUACAACACCUUCACAUCCCAAACAGCACAGUGUUCAUGAACACUCCUCUACUUCGUCAUCUCCCGAGUUUAUAGCACCCAGUCUCCAACAUCCAGUAGCUCAGGAUGAGUCUGCCCUGAACUCUUUCUCAUUCCUUGGCAGCAGCACUCUUGGAGCAACGUCAUCAGCGACAUCGACCACAGCAGCGUCCAACACCGACGACAACUACUUCCUCGAUUUUGCAGAUAGUGGAUGGUCCAACUAUGAGGGAAACAAUGUGGGCACAGGAAGCUCUUCUGCCGUGUUCAUAUCCCACCUGCAACAAUCAUUUCCAUAUACUUAUACUGGGAAUGGAGUUUCAUCUCCAUUAACAUUUGAUAGUGACAAUGCCAACUAUGGAGUCAAUAUCCCUCCAAUGACCUCUGUCACCACAUCAUCAUCAUCAUCAACAUCCAUACCAUCAACCACAACUACCACGACAACAACCAGUACAAACUCCAACACAACGGUACCACUGGAUAGCUACAAUGCGCAUCAACAAACCAACCAAACAUAUUUGACGCCAGUUAGCGUCGAUACACCAAGCACACCAUCAACGCCAAUCAACAUAUCACAGCCAUCGGCACCAGCUUCAAUCUCCUCAUACAGUCCCGAUACAUCACCCUCACUGGAGCAGACCAAGAUCAUAUGCCUCGUGAAUGGAUUCAAUUGUUUUGCCAAGACAUCCAAAGUGUCACCCAUUUACUACUCAUUCUGGGCAGUGUUUGAGGGAGGUAUCGAGAUACUGGCACUUCCAAUAUCACCAGAGGUACUAGAGUUCAACAGUCCAAUAUGGGGCGAUGCCGCCAUCACCCAUUUCCACAUUGUGUGCAAACAGAAUGGCUCAAAGAACAUCGUCCAACAGACCAGCUCCGUGCCCUUCUGCUUCACACCUUCUGAUCAUCGUGGGAAACUAAAGAUUGCCUUUGAUCGAUGCAAGUCUAUGCCACUUAGUAUCAUUCCAAAGUUUCGACACUCUGUCAAGCAUUUGGAUCUUUCAAACAAUGCCCUAACGUCUGUCGACUUUCUGUCAGGAUUCUAUCGUCUGGAGUCGCUGACACUGAAUAACAAUCAAUUGACAGAGCAUACAGUUUUCCCUACACUUCCAGAACUACAACAUCUCGAUCUGUCUUCCAAUCUAAUCAAUUGUCAAAAGGUGGCUCUGUUUACCGAGAGAUUGAUUCACAGUGCUCCCUAUUUGCAAAGCAUCAACCUUGUCGAUAAUGAGGAGUAUCCAUGUCCGUUCAAAGUACCUCAUCAUCACUACAACUAUAGAAUCUAUAUCAUCAGUAGAUUCUCUCAAUUGACCAAAUUGGACUUGCAGGCAGUCUCUAUUGAGGAACGGAAACAUGCACAUAAUGUUGUUGAACAAGAGGAACAAGAUCGAUAG